CAUCUUCUAUUUCUUACCUAUCUAUUUGAAUUCCUAACCCUUCAACAUACACUCCACAAAUGGCUUCAUCAAUAGCCAAACCCCAAAAAAGACUUGUAGAUUUUCUAAAUGAGCAACAAGAACCUUUCAUGCUAGAGCUAUACCUUUUAGAAAAAGGGUACUCAAAAAGGUGGUGCUUCAAUGAAGAUUCAAGCAACAAUUUGGAUAAAACAUCUAGUUGUAGCUUAAACAAAAAGAGAAAGAGAAAAAUUUUGUCACCAUUUUGCAAAAUUCUAAUAUCUCUAGUUAAUAAGCUUGUUUUGCAUAGCCAAAGUAGUACUCUACCAACUAGGGACUAUGAACUAAGAGAAAAACAUGCAAUUUGCAAUGUUGAGUAUUCAUCAGCUACCUACUCUCCUAUGUUUAAUUCAUGCUCAAAUGUUGAUGAAGAAGGAAAUUCUAUAUCAUCACAUAGGGUAAGAACCAAAGAAUGCCAUAUAAGAUGGAAGAGGCAGAGAUGCAUAGAGGGUAGGCCUAAAUCACUGGAAAAGAUACCUCUACAUAGAGUUCCCAAUUUGUUUUCUGAAACAGUGAAUGAGGAAGUUGGGAGAAUGCAACAAAGAAUAAGGAAGCCUAAGAAAAUCACAGAGGAGUCGCUGUUAUCAGUAGCUAUAUUGAAUUUACUUGGUGUGUCAAUAAAGAAAGAGAACUGUACUAAUGAUUUGCAAGAGUAUCUUCCUGAGCCACAUGUAUUAAAAUCCAAAAGGGUAUCACACAAGAUAAAGAAGCUGCUAUUUGAUUGUGUUAGAGAUAUUACCAUACCCCUUCCAACAAAAGAGGACAGAAAGCAAGUUUGCAGAGAAUCCAUGGGGCCUAUAGAGCUUGGGAAGCUCACUUGUCAGAGAACACAAGAAUGGGGACAACAUAUUGAGGAUGGCUUAACGUCGUUAUUGACUAAUAAUUACUUGGAUUCAAUCAUUGAAUGGAGUAACUUUGAAUCACAUGUUAAAGACAUUAGCUUUGAAAUCACUGAUGCAAUUUUGGAAAUUAUGAACAAUGAAAUUGUAUCAGAAAUGAUUGGAACUUUGGCAACUCCUUAGUUUCGAAUAUGGAAUUUUAUAAUUAUAACCUCUAUUUUUAUUUUUAUUUUGCUGGAUUACUGAUGUAAAUAUUUAUGCAUCGAACCAGAGUCCUCUUUAACUUUCA